CCAUGCACAGGCAGGAGGGCGGGGCAGGGCCGGAGGCUGGGGUGCCGCCUCCUCUGCACCGCCGGCCCGGAGUCUUAGAACCAGGGCCCGCAAGGGUCCCCGCGCGGCUGCCGCGAUGCAGAAAUACGAGAAACUGGAGAAGAUUGGGGAAGGCACCUAUGGAACAGUGUUCAAGGCCAAAAACCGGGAGACUCAUGAGAUUGUGGCUCUGAAACGGGUGAGGCUGGAUGACGAUGAUGAGGGAGUGCCAAGUUCUGCCCUUCGGGAAAUCUGCCUCCUCAAAGAGCUGAAGCACAAGAACAUUGUCAGGCUCCAUGAUGUCCUGCAUAGCGACAAGAAGCUGACGUUGGUUUUCGAGUUCUGUGACCAGGAUCUUAAGAAGUAUUUCGACAGCUGCAAUGGUGACCUAGAUCCUGAAAUUGUGAAGUCAUUCCUUUUCCAGCUGCUAAAAGGCCUGGGAUUCUGUCACAGCCGAAAUGUGCUACACAGGGACCUGAAGCCUCAGAACCUGCUCAUAAACAGGAACGGGGAGCUGAAGUUGGCAGAUUUUGGUUUGGCUCGAGCCUUUGGCAUCCCUGUUCGCUGUUACUCGGCUGAGGUGGUCACGCUGUGGUACCGCCCGCCGGAUGUCCUCUUUGGGGCCAAGCUCUACUCCACAUCCAUCGACAUGUGGUCGGCCGGCUGCAUCUUCGCAGAGCUGGCCAAUGCCGGCCGGCCUCUCUUUCCCGGCAACGACGUUGACGACCAGCUCAAAAGGAUCUUCCGACUGCUGGGGACACCGACCGAGGAGCAGUGGCCCGCCAUGACCAAGCUGCCAGACUAUAAGGUGCGAUGGGGGAUGGGGGUGGUGCAUGGCCCAUCAGGGGCCCCCCUUGGUUCCCCAUGGCCUCCACACCCCCACACCCCUGCUCUGACUCUCCCCGACCCCACAGCCCUACCCGAUGUACCCAGCCACAACGUCCCUGGUGAACGUCGUGCCCAAGCUCAAUGCCACAGGGAGGGACCUGCUGCAGAACCUCCUGAAGUGUAACCCGGUCCAGCGCAUCUCCGCAGAAGAGGCCUUGCAGCACCCCUACUUCUCUGACUUCUGCCCCCCCUAGGCUGCCAGGCUGGGGCCUGGCCUAUUUAAGCCCCUCCAGGGAGGGGAGGACGGGCGGGGACUCACGGUGAGCCGAGCUCCAGCUGUGCUGGGCCUGGCCAGGGUGGAGGUGCCCUCACCUGUGUUCUUCAUGCCCCCUGCGGACUUUAUUUAAUUUCAUAAAUUGGCUCCUUUCCCACA